AUGUUCACCCCCCUGGGUCUAUUCAAAGACAUACCUUGCCCUCGGGGUCAAGAAUGCUCCCUUCUGACGUGUAUGUUCUCCCACAGCAAUCCUGAGCCCUCAUUCCAGGAGAACGAUAUCGCGCAAGAUCAUUGUUCGGGGCAGAAAGACGCAGGUCCGCCACCUUCGAAAAGGAUCAAACUGCAGUCCGUAUCUAGUACGGACAAAGGAGUAUCAGAGGACACGUCAUCGCUUGAAAACAAAAGCAAAAAACCUGCGUUAGGAACUCCGGCGCCCAAAUGGCCCGAAUCCUCGGCGAUCAAGGCUACAAACUCUCGCCCGGCCGCCAGGUCCCAAUCUACCACCACAAAGCCAAAUACGACAUCUGCUCGUCACGACCUAUCGACACUGGAGAAGCCAGCGUCUCGUCUACCACCGAGGCAAGCUCCGAAAGAAACAUUGAACCCCCGCAUGCUCCAGAAAUCUCCGGCUGCUUAUACUACUCGACUUGCUAUUUUAAAAAAGCUGCAUUCUACCAUGAGCUCUCUGAAUGACCAGCUAGCUAAAGAUAAAGAGCGCAAAGAUAAAAGUUUGGUCCUCACAUCUAACGAGCUCAUUACGAUGGCCUUGGAUGAAGAGGAGAAGGCAGCAAAAGAUAACCCAACCGUAUAUUCCAAUGUUGUGAAGCUUCGAAUAGUGAAACUUUCAAAAUUAGGCAAGGACGAGUGGGCAAAGGAGGUUAGGGAUCAUCUCAACAAGCGAUACUAUAAAAUGGAAUCAAACCAGGCCCAGAAAGAGCCAAAAGCUCUUACAACGGGGUUGACCAUUGAAGAAGAAAUCGCAAUCGCCAAGAGACUCGUAACUCCGCUGGAAGGAUUGGAACAGUAUGGCUAUGUGACAAAAGCACCCACCCUUGAAGAAAUUGAAACUGCGAAGAAAGGUGUGGCUGAGUCUAAGGGAUGGGAAAAGUGUGAUCGAUGUGGUGGGCGAUUCCAGGUCUUUCCUGGGCGUCGUGAAGACGGUUCACUGACAAGUGGAGGACAAUGCACUUAUCACCCCGGGAAGUCCUUUUACCCCCCCAGAAAGAAGACCGACCAUGUCACUGGCCACCGGGAGGCAUAUUAUUCUUGCUGCAAUGAGACGCUGGGAACUUCCUCUGGGUGCACCAAAGGCGAGACUCAUGUUUUCAAAGUAUCGGAAACGAAACGACUGGCUUCAAUUCUUCAAUUCAAAAAGACUCCUGAAAACCCAAACAAAGGACGGACGACUCCCAUUGGUUUUGAUUGCGAAAUGGGCUUCACGACUUUGGGGCUGGAGCUUAUCCGACUUACUGCAGUCAGCUGGCCGGAAGGCAAAGGGCUUCUUGAUAUACUGGUGAGACCAGUUGGCGAAGUUCUUGAUCUCAACUCUCAGUUCUCUGGUGUUUUCCCUGAGCAUUAUAAGAAGGCUCUUCCUUACGACGCUUCGGGUUCAAUAGAAACCUCCUCCUCGGAUAUUGGGAAACCCGAAUCCGCCCCGUUACAGGUUGUUGACUCUCCCGCAGCAGCCCGCGCGUUGCUAUUCGAGUUGCUGCAGCCAACGACCCCGCUAAUUGGACAUGCCAUCGACAAUGAUUUGAAUGCUUGUCGAAUUAUACACCCGACGGUCAUUGACACAGCUAUCCUUUACCCCCAUCCGGCUGGAGGGUUUCCGUACCGGAUGAGCUUGAAAAACCUGUCCAAGAAACAUCUAGAUCGUGAUAUCCAGACUGGCGGCAACCGCGGUCAUGACUCCAAAGAGGAUGCCGUCGCCACGGGAGAUCUAGUUAGAGUGAAAGCAACAGAGACAUGGAAGAUCCUAAAGUCGAGGGGGUGGGGAAUCCAAAAUGGCGAAUUGAUACCUCCGCCAGGUGUCGAAGACUCGGCUGCAUCCAGCUUGUGGAAACUCGGGCGAGGAGCUGGCCAAAAACGAUCGAACUCCGCUGAGGGUUGA